AUGGCAGUCAACGUUACCCUUUCGGAACCAGAACGAGCAGCUCUCGCCAACAAGAUGGACUAUCUCAAACGUCUCCAUAACGCUGACGACGAGGACGACAGUAACGAGGAUGAUUCCGACGAGGGAUCAGGCGAAAGCAGGAUAAUCAGGCGAGACCCGAUCAAGAGCAGCGAUAGCAGCAGCGGCGAAGGUUCCGAUGACGGAACAAACAGCUCUGACGACGGCGGCCCCAUCGACGGCACUUGCGGCGACACUUCCGGUAACGGCACUAGCGGUGACGCUCCUGUCGGUUCGGCCGAGCCUGGCCCCAGCCCUGCCGCAUCCACGACCCGGAUCGGCGAAAGCGGUGGGUUCACCUUCAGUCGAGACUACUUCAACGCGCUGUCAGCGGCUCGCGACGCCAGCAGCAGCAUCACCAGCAGGCGAUCAAGUCUAGGCUCGUCUUUGGCCGCGAAACGGGAGAAGCAGGUGGAGAGCCGAUUCUUGGAAAUAGAGAUGCAGAGCCGGUCGUCGGUCGAGUCUUCCCAGGCUGCUGGUGCGCAUGACUGGCGCGCGGCUCUCAAAGCCCGGGGCCGUACUUUCCAGUCGGCGACGCAAGACUGGGGCGCGAAGCAGGAGCAGCAUCAGCAAGUGGAGAGUCGCGAGGGGGCCUUGGAUGCAGGCAGGUUCACAAGCGGAAACGGGCCGUCGGAAACUGGAACCGGAAGCAGGUUUUCCGUCGUGAGCAAGGGGAUGUUUAACGACAAACCCUCGUCUUUUGACGGCAACGGUUCAGCGAUCGAUGCGGCGUACAACGCGGCGGCGUCGCAAAGCGAGCGCGAGGCUUGUGAACCGCGCGCUGACAGCUCCGCCGGCUCCGCGAUGGAGGAGGUGCGACGCGUGGAGCGGAAGAUGGAAGCCAUGGAAGCAAUAGAAGCCAAGCAAGGCAUCCCAGCGAAGCAACGAAAACUUGGACUGGAUUGCGCUUCUGAGUCGGAGCGGGCGGUUGACGCGGAUCGGUCUCUCGACUCGAACGCCGUCGAACGUAAAAGGGAAGCCAUGGAUCGCACCAUCGAGUCGCCUGAGUUGCUGAACAAAGCGGCCAUGGAACGAGCGAUUGAAGCCAUGGAACGAAUCGGCGCGAGUGGCGGCGGGGACGGCGGAGGCGGAGGGGACGAGGGAGCUGGGGAAAGAGCCGGUGAGGGGGAAAGCGGAUACGCGGAGGGGGGGCGGCCGCGGGGGAGGGGGAAAGAUGUGGCGGAACUCGAGAAGGAGGUUGAAGAGGCGAAGCAAGCGUCGCACCGCAUAGCCGUUAUGUUCUACCAGCAAGACCAGGAACUUAAAGACCUAAGAGAGAAUCACCUGGCGCUCCAGGAGGACCACAAGCGCAUAUCGGUUCAGCUACAAGCGGCGCAGGCGGAGACGGACGAGCUGUGGAACCAGCUGGCGGCGGCGUCCCGCCAGAAGGAGGCGGCGGAAGCAACGGCGGCGGAACUGCGCCUGAAGAUCCGCAUGCUCGCGGGGAACGUGGAGGAGCUGGAGGGGGAAGCGGAGGCCGCCGGGGGGUGGGGCGGCGGGGGGGGAGGCGGAAGCGGAGGCGGAGGCGGAGGCGGGGGAGCGGUUGGCGGAACGACUGCCGUGGAGGGGGCGAGCAGUUUAGAGUCUGAUUUGGUGGGCUUGCGGAAGCUCAAGGAGCUGGAAUGGGAGUUAAUAUCCGCGCGAAGCGCGCGCGACCGCGCUAUGACCGUCUUGGCGGGGAUGAGAGAGGAGUGGAAUAAUCUCCGCAAACUGCGCUUGCAGUUAGACGCGCUGACGGCUAGCAGGGAAGUUGCGGGCAGUCCUGCCAGCGCCAACGGCGGCCGCGGUGCUCAUGCGGCGGACCGCACAGCCAGGGGAAAAUUUUCCUGGGAAGACGUGCGGGGAAGGGCAUAUGGCGGAAAUAGACGGGGGGAGGAGGACACGGGGGAAGCGGGAGGGGAGGAGCUGUUGAAGGGAGUGGAGGCGGAAAUUGCGGAGGAGGCGGACAAGUGGCGGAAGGUGGUUGGUCAGCUGCAGGAGGACCACGUGCGCGUAGUCGUGGAGGCGCAAGACGCGGCGGAGAAAUGCGCGGGCGCGCGGAGGCAGGCGGAAGCCGCCACUGAAGAAGCGAUGCGGCUUAGGCGGGAUAUCGAGCGCGUAAGAGAGGAGAAGACUAUAGCGGAGGAGGAUCUGAGAGAUUUCCGUAAAGGAUGGAAAGAUCUGGCCGGACAUUUAGAGACGUUUGCCGCUAAGGUGAGCGAAAUGGAUGCGGAAUUAGCGGUGAAGAGGAAGGAGAGGGAAGUGAUGGCGAUUGAGAUCGAACGGUCCGCGAAAGAGCGCGAUCUGAUGGCUGUGGAGAUCGGACGGGUGAGAAAGGAGCGAGAUUUUAUGACGGCGGAGAUCGAACGGCUGCUUUCGGAAAGAUCGCGAUCUGACGGCGCUGGAGAUCGAACGGCUGAGCAAAGAGCGUGA